AUGAAGGCUUCUGCAUCUUUACGAAGUCUGCGCCUGCGCCAGGCAAAAGGCCGCCUUUUCUUUCCAACUGUCCGCAGCUUCACAUCCUCACGGCGCUCCUCGUCGGAAUCCAAUGGCAAUGACACCGGCCUCAACCGCGUCUCCCGCACCAUCACCCAACCAAAGUCCCAAGGGGCUUCACAGGCCAUGCUGUACGCCACUGGCCUGUCCGAAACCGACAUGAACAAGCCACAAGUCGGUAUCUCCUCGGUGUGGUACACGGGCAACCCAUGCAAUAUGCACCUGAUGGACCUCUCGAACAUCGUGCGCAAGGGUGUCUCAGACUCAGGACUGGCCCCGAUGCAGUUCAACACAAUUGGUGUAUCAGAUGGUAUUUCGAUGGGCACAUCCGGCAUGCGAUAUUCGCUGCAGUCACGAGAAAUUAUUGCCGACUCGAUCGAAACAGUCAUGAAUGGCCAAUGGUAUGACGCCAACAUUUCCCUGCCUGGGUGUGACAAGAAUAUGCCCGGUGUGAUUAUGGCCAUGGGCCGCGUCAACAGACCAUCCAUUAUGGUCUAUGGUGGAUCAAUUGCCGCUGGGUGUGCGGCGACGCAGAACAAUGCACCCAUUGAUAUCGUGUCUGCUUUCCAGGCGUACGGACAGUUCAUUACGGGUGAAAUCGACGAGACGCAACGAUUCGACAUUAUCCGCCACGCGUGUCCUGGCAGCGGCGCCUGCGGUGGCAUGUACACGGCAAACACCAUGGCCAGUGCGAUCGAGACUCUAGGCAUGUCGUUGCCCGGCAGCUCCAGUAAUCCAGCGGUGUCCAAGGAGAAGCAACUCGAGUGUCUUGCUGCGGGUGGGGCGAUCAAGAACUUGCUCAAACUCGACAUGCGUCCUCGUGACAUCAUGACGCGCGCGGCUUUCGAGGACGCAAUGGUCCUCGUUAUGAUCACGGGUGGAAGUACAAAUGCCGUGCUCCAUCUGAUCGCCAUGGCAGAUGCGGUCGGGGUGAAAUUGACGAUUGACGACUUCCAGGCCGUCAGCGACCGGACGCCGUUCCUGUCGGAUCUGAAACCGAGCGGCAAAUACGUCUUCAACGAUCUACACCACAUCGGCGGCAUUCCGACGCUACUCAAGUUCCUGAUCAAAGAGGGUGUCGUCAAGGGGGACGGCAUGACCGUCACGGGACAGACGCUCAAGAAGAACGUCGAGAAUGCACCCGACUUCCCUACCGACCAAACCAUCAUCAAGCCCUUUAGCGACCCUAUCAAGCCGACGGGCCACAUCCAGAUCCUCCGGGGCAGUCUGGCACCUGGCGGCAGCGUAGGCAAGAUCACGGGCAAAGAAGGACUGAGGUUCACCGGCAAGGCCAAGGUCUACGACGCAGAGGAUCUGUUCAUUGAGGCUCUCGAGCGCGGCGAGAUCAAGAAGGGCGAGAAGACGGUGGUUGUGAUCCGGUAUGAAGGGCCAAAGGGCGGGCCCGGUAUGCCGGAGAUGUUGAAGCCCAGCUCGGCCAUCAUGGGGGCAGGAUUGGGCAAGGACGUGGCGCUCAUCACCGACGGCAGAUUCAGCGGAGGAUCGCAUGGGUUCUUGAUCGGACACAUUGUGCCCGAGGCCAUGGAAGGUGGGCCGAUCGGCUUGGUCAGGGACGGCGACGAGAUUGUCAUUGACGCCGAGACGAGGACUCUGGACCUCAGCGUGAGUGAGAGUGAAUUGGCGAAACGGAGGGAGGAAUGGUCCAAGAACAAGCCGGUGCCGAGGUACAAGAGGGGCGUGUUGGCGAAGUACGCGAAACUCGUCAGUGAUGCCAGUCACGGUUGUAUUACUGAUAAAGAGGAUGUCUUGGAUCUUCAUGCUUAG